AUGAAGGCUCUGAGCCGCCUGCUGCAGGACGGGGAGCGGGGAGCCGCGGGGAGCAGCCGCGAUGGCCUAUUGCCAGAUGAGAGAGAAUUUCAAUAUGCUGCUAAAAUGAACAACUUGGACACCAUGGAAAAGCUGUUUAAAAAGAAUGUUGAUAUAAAUGCUGUAGAUAAUCUGAAGCGCACUGCGUUACAUUUUGCUGUUGCAAGAAGUCAUAUGUCAGUGGUGGAUUUUCUUCUGCAUCACAAAGCCAGACUUGAUAUGGCAGAUCAGCAUGGCCUGACAGUGAUUCAUCUGGCAGCUUGGUCUGGAAAUCUGGAUAUAAUGCGAAAAUUAGUUAAAGCAGGUGCUGACCAAAAGGCUAAGAAUGAGGAAGGAAUGAAUGUCCUGCACUUUGCAGCUCAGAACAACAGUGUUAAAAUAGUUGAUUAUUUCAUCCAAGACCUUCAUCUGAAUGACUUGAACAAGCCUGAUGAGAAAGGCAAAAAGCCAUUUCUUCUGGCGUCUGAAAAAGGCCAUGUUGACAUGAUAAACAAUUUGAUAAAUCUGAAGCUGUUUACAUCGGAAAAAGAUAAGGAGGGAAACACAGCAUUACAUCUAGCAGCCAAAAAUGGUCACAGCAAAGUUGUAGAAAUUCUGCUUGAUCAGUGGGAGGAAGUAAAUGACCUCAAUCAGAAUGGAGAAACUCCAUUUUACUUGUCUGUUGAAAGUGGUCAUGAAAAAUGUGCUGAACUCUUACUGGAAGCAGGGAGUGACAUCAAUGUUUUAACUCAAAACAACAGCAGUGCUUUGCAGGCUGCAAUUCAGAAUAGACAUCUAUCCUUGGUCACUUUUCUUAUUGGUAAGAAUAUUGACCUGGUCCCUAAACCCGAGCAGAAGAAUUCUCCUCUUCAUUUAGCAGUCAUCAGUAAUCAUCUACCAGUAGUGAAAAGCCUCUUGGAUGCCAAUCAUGAUAUAAACUCCUUAAAUCAUAGGCAGGAAACCCCUCUACAUCUGGCUGCUGAUCUUGGCAAUGUGGAGCUGGUGGAAGUGCUGCUGAAGGCAGGCUGCGAUCUCAAGACUUUGGAUAAGCAUGGAAAAACUGCGCUAGCUGUGGCAUCAAGGAGCAAUCACACCCUUAUUGUAGAUAUGAUUAUUAAAGCAGAAAGAUAUUAUGCCACAAACCAGGAACAUCUAGCUCCUAGUGAUGGUGGGAGAGACUUUGGCUUGUCCUUCAAACAAGAUCAUAGUACACACACCAAGCAAAUCCGUUCCUCCUUGUGGAAUCUAGCAUACAACCAGUUAAAACCCCAGGAAUGGAAAAAACUGGCCCUGUUCUGGAAGUUCACGGAUGAACAAAUUAAAGCUAUUGAAGAACAAUGGACAGGGAAACAAAGUUAUAAGGAACAUGGAAACAGAAUGUUGCUCAUAUGGUUACAUGGCAUAUUGCUGGCUCAUCAGAAUCCUGUCAAGCACAUGUAUGAAGAUCUGGUGGGAGCAGGAUUUCAGCCUUUAGCUGAAAAGAUCAGAGCUGCAAGUAACACUGAUACAGACUCCAGAAAAUGUGCAAUAUCAUGAAUUCAUCAAUAAAAUGUGGCAUAUUUACAUGCCAGAUGGAAAGUUACUUUCAAAUACAAAUAAUAUUUUUUUCUGGAAAGAAAAACCUAUUUUGAAGUUGUAUAACUUUUUCAAAGCCAGAACUUGCUUGCUAUACAAUGAUCUAAAGAAUUUAAAAGUUAAACGUCUGGCUGGUAAUUUAUGACUAUACUGCUAGGCAAGAACCACCCCCCUACAAUUUCCGCACCUGGCUUAACAAUGAUACACUAAUUCUGUAUUGAAACUGAAAAUUAAGCUUUUUUUGUAUUUCACUUGAAAUGUAAAUGAAAUGUUUUCUACCCGAAAGAAAUUAAAUUUAUUAAAUGAAAAGUAUGUGUAUAAAUCAACAUUUCAGAAACAGGCCUCCUUUGGGAUUCAGGUUUUUAUAAAGUCUUGCUAAGAUUAUCCUCUUCCUGUCUGAAGGGGGCUUUCCUCUUCUUUAAUCACUGCUAGGAUUAAGACAAGUCUUUGCUUUUCAGCAUUUGAUUUAUGCAGUGAAAAUACACAAAAAUGUCAUGUCUAAAACCCUGUGUAGCAGCUGGCUGCAGAAUUUUCUGUUGUGGCUUAGCCUUGUAUACAAACUCAAACUCAAACAUUUGAUAUUUAAUACUUAACACAUUUAGCAGUUAUUUACCUAUUUCUUGUUCAUUUCCUGAAUUAAUAUUUAGUAGUGUCUUGCUGAACACAUUUAAGGUUUUUCUCAUAACUGAACACAUUUCACAUCUGAAAAAUUAUGUAAAAUGCCCAUCUUCACAGUUUCCUCUGUAGGAAAACAACAAUAGUUUUAUGAUCAAAUUGAAGAAUUGAAUUGCCUUGUCUAUGUCUAUGUCUAUAUAGCUAGCAUUAUUUUGUACUAAACCUUAUCACUCAUACUAAAAAGAUGAUGACCUGUAUCUUAGUCUGAAGUCUUAGGCCUAACUACCCUCUUGCGUCCAAACCUGUUUUGACAUGGCUCCAAAGCAUAACAGGAAUAUGAAGAACAGAAUGGUAAAUCCUCAGGUUUAGAAUUAGGAAUCUAAGAUCACAAAUACUUAGAUUCUGAUAGGUAUGCACCAAGUUCUGCAACAUUAGCUUGGAAAAUGAAAAUAUUUAACAAUUUGAUGCCCUGGAUGUGAAGGCUACCAACCUGUUAUUCUUCAUUUAAGCAUGCUGCUG